AUGUUGAAGGGCAUACCACAGAGAUGGAGGUUGCUGAGUGGCCAGGAUAACUGGAAGAAUCUCUUGGAUCCACUUGACAUUGAUCUUCGUCGUUACAUUAUCCACUAUGGUGAGAGAGCUCAAGCAACUUAUGACACAUUUGACCACGAAAAGGCAUCAAAGUAUGCAGGUUCCAGCCUAUACAAACCAGAUGUUCUAUUUAAAUCCGUAGGUUUAUAUAAGAGAAACCCGUUCAAGUACAAAGUUGUUAAGUAUCUGUAUGCGACAUCAAAAACUAGUGUUCCAGAUGCAUUUAUCGUGAAGUCAUUGUCAAAAGAUUCUGUGUGCAAGGAAUCAAACUUUAUGGGGUAUGUUGCUGUAGCCACUGAUGAAGGGAAGAUUGCACUUGGAAGAAGAGAUAUUCUUGUUGCCUGGAGAGGCACAAUCAGAAAUAUAGAAUUAGCGAAGGAUUUUGAUUUUCCUCUGGUGCCAGCAUCUGUGAUACUUGGAAAGGACAUUAAUGCUAAGGUUCACAAGGGUGUACUUUCAAUUUAUACUUCAUCUGAUCCUCAAUCAACAUACAACAAACAGAGCGCAAGGGUUCAGGUUCUUGAAGCGAUAAAGUCACUAGUUCAGGAAUUCAAGAAAGAGGAAGUGAGCAUCACAAUAGCUGGCCACAGCUUGGGAGCUGCCCUUUCAACUAUGAAUGCAGCUGAUAUUGUUGCCAAUGGUUAUAACAAGACUAGAGGGAUGCCAAACAAGUCUUGUAUGGUAACAGCCUUUGCAUUUGGAAGCCCACGGGUUGGAGACUCAAACUUCAGGAAUGCAUUUGAGUCUAUGAAUGACCUUCAUCUUUUGAGAGUUAGAAAUAUCCCAGAUUUGGUCCCCCAAGUCCCACCAAUCCCAUACGCUGAUGUAGGAGCAGAGCUGCAAAUAGACAGCCGAAAAUCGCCUUACUUGAAGCGUAAUGGGAACUUGGAAAUCUGGCACAAUUUGGAGGCAGCUUAUCUCCACGCAGUUGCAGGAACACAAGGAUCUAAGGGAGGAUUUCACUUAGAAAUCAAGAGAGACAUUUCCCUUGUGAACAAAAUUUUAGAUGCAGUAAAAGAUGAAUAUUUGAUACCAACUGGUUGGUGGUGUCUAAAGAAUAAAGGAAUGGUUCAACAGGAUGAUGGCUCUUGGAAACUGGAAGAUCAUGACAGAGAUAAUUAAUUGUUUAGGGAUUCUACUGUAAAUCAAACCUGUUCUUGAUGUGGCUAUAAUCAGCUCCAAAUUCUGCUUUUUUGGCUUUUCAGCUUUUCAUUUCUAUCUUUGAAUCAACAAGCGAGUCCCAAUAAAACUAAGAUCAAAGAGAACUAAUCCUCGAUAGAAGUCGUGAAGCAAUAGGAAUCCAAAUCAUGACAGCCAACUCCAGCUCUCACCAUUUUCAGUAGACAAAAAAGGGGUGAGCAAAACAAAUCUGAUAUACUACACUGGUAGAUCUGCUAACCCCAGCUAGGUGCUGCCAACAACAUUGGACUCUAAGCUUUGAGGAAAAAUCCAUGUAAUGAUUGGAGGACCAUCAGUUAACAGGUUUGUUCCACAUUGAAGUUAUACCAACUGAAGUUUAUCAAAAUUAGAUACUUACAUUCUAAUUUUGAACUUUUCAUGAACUGAGAUGUCAAACUUAGUUUGGAAAAUAAAAUGUGCAAUCGUAGUCCUCAUUUGGCUCGAACACCACAUAUUCUUUAAAUAGACGUGCAAAUUUAUCUUUACGAUACACACUAGUCCCUUUUGAGAUGCACAUCAAAUCUUAACCAUGAAAUACUUCAUAUGGAGAUUUAGGAAACUCUCCUCACCCGAAGUGUUCAAUUGUCACAUGCACUUUUACAAUCCUUGGCCACACGGUCGCACACCGGCCAUGACCAAAAACCACAAGGAUAUACGUUCACAACCAACACAGACAAUAUAUGCACCUAUAAAGCCACUCAAACACCCCUUCUAUUUUAAGGUAUGUAGGUAUGUUGGUGCAUCUAAUUAUUUGUCACCCAUGGAAAGUUGGUAACAUAGAAGGACAACUUUUUGCCACCACUAAUAACUAUUGCAAUUGGUUUUGUUAUUUUGGUUGGUGGCCUCCUAAACUAGAAACACCCGUAGCCCCAUGUUCCCUACACCUCUUCUUCAUUACUGGAUAUUGCUGUUCUGAAGAAUCAAUAUAGGAUCACAAGCAAAAUGCAAUAGGGUAAACAAAGCUUAAACCUUAAUAAAGUCCCUAUCCUCUGUCAGAUCUCAACAACUAACAUGCUCAAUUGCCUAUAAAUGGCUUGCUUAAACUGAAUAUUGAAAAUUAUUAGGUACUAAAACUCUAUAUGUAUAUAUAAUACACACACACACAGACAAUUCAUUUGUUGCUUCAUAGAUAUAUUUAAAACUUCAGUAAGA